CACCACGAGAUUCACCACACGCUCCUGUCGUGACUGCUGCGGCGAGGCCAUUCAGACAACGAGCAACGAGAUGCACGAACACCAAAUGAGGCUGUGAUGUAGAAAAAAACUUUCUGAGGAUAUUUCAAAAGGUUAAAUAGAAAGAUUUCUAAUAGGGUCACAUCAGGCUGUCCAAUAUGAUGAAAGAUUGCCUUCAGUUCCUCAUUGAGCCAGCCAAGAAGCUCAAGUUUCGUCUGAAGGAGACGCGGAAGAGAGUGAAACAUGUAAAGAAAGAGCCGUUAACAGAGAGUCAGCUGUUUAUAAUGGAGCUCGCGCGAGAACUCAACAGGAUCUGUCAGAGGUCAGAUAUUCUGGCUCACAUCUGGACCGGAAAGGACGUAUGGCCUCCACACGCCUGUCGAGAGUUCAUUGUGGAGACCGCCAACAUCCUGGAGAUGAAGGAAGAUACUGAGACGCCCAUGCAAGUUUAUGCUGAUCUGCAUCCAGAAAAGCGGGACUGGAAGAAUCAGUUACUCAGCAUGCUGGAGCAGGGAGGAGAAUAUGACUUGGGCCCGUACAAAAGGAUCAUUUUAGACUGGACCAGAGGACAGCGCAACAGACACCCGGUGAGGAAGAUUCAGAAGAUACAUCUGCAUACACUACCAAAUUUCAUUAGAAUGCUGCUCUGUUUUACAGUGGAGGUGACUCUUGACCCAGAGACGGCCAACCCUGCUCUGGUUCUGUCUGAGGACUGCAAGCGCAUGCAGUGUGGUCUGGAGCGGCGUGAGGUUCCUCACAGCCUGCGGCGCUUCGACAGCUGGUGGUGCUGUCUCGGCUCUGAAGGCUUCUUGUCGGGACGCCGGUACUGGGAGGUAGAAGUGGGCGACCGUGAUUGGCGUCUCGGGGUGGCCAAAGAAUCAGCUCUCUGCAAAGGCUACAGACCGCUGAACACCCAGAGUGGAUACUUGACCCUCAGGCUGGAGAGGGGCUCCGAGCUCAAGGCGCUGACCACACCACCCACACCCCUGCCCCUGUCGCUCAUCCCACGGAGGGUGGGGGUCUAUCUGGACUAUGAGGAGGGGCAGCUGUCCUUCUAUGACACCCAGAAGCGUGCGCACAUCUACACAUACAGCAAGAGGUUCACAGAGAAGCUUUACCCGGUGUUUGGGACGGUGGAGAUGGUCCGCGAGAUGGUGAUCAGGCCUGCAGACCUAAGGGAGCGAUGUCUCUGUAAGGGACAAUGUCUGUUCUGCUAAUAAUGAACGCACAAUCCUUAUGCACACGAAUGUGAAAAAAUUACACACACCAUAAAAUAACAGUAAUUGAUCAAUGCUUACAAAAAAUAGAAGCAUAGAGAGAAUUUGACAUUUUUUAGAGUAGCUAAAGCUGUGAAAUCUGCACCACUAGCAUCAUCAAGGAAAUGUUAAAAUACUGUUGUUAAACAAUCUGACUGAACAAACAGAGAGUCCUGCCCAAGACUCGUCACAGAGAGAGCUGCAGUGAUGACUUAUUUCUGUAGGCCAAUCUGGAAAGUUUGGAAACCAAUAGGAUUUUUCCACUGGCUUUUGUACUGAUGGUUACUCAAAGUUUUUGGAUUUUUACAGAAAAUAAGAUCUGUGACCAAAAAGUUCAUAUUCACAAAUGAACACAAAUU